AUGGCUCUGAGCUCUCGGGCGCACGCUUUCUCGGUGGAAUCUCUGGUGGGGAACUCUCUGAAGAGGAAACUUGAAGACGGCGAGGAUGGGAAGGCGAGGGAGCGGCCCGGCGGCACGCUGAAACAAGCCCAGAGCUCCAAGCAGAGAGAAGAGCAGCGAGCAGGGGAGGCGAGCAAGACCCGGAGUGGUCCCGGACCCACUUCCCCCGGAGGGGACUCCGAGGGUCUUCACCUGGAACUGCAGGGCUCCGAGCUUUGGAAACGAUUUCAUGAGAUUGGGACAGAAAUGAUCAUUACUAAAGCGGGCAGGCGCAUGUUUCCCGCCGUCCGGGUGAAAAUCAAAGGCCUUGAGCCGGCCAAGCAAUAUUACAUUGCCAUGGAUAUCAUCCCCGUGGAUUCGAAGAGAUACAGGUACGUCUAUCACAGUUCACAGUGGAUGGUGGCCGGAAACACCGAACAGUCUCCGUUAACCCCCCGCCUCUAUAUGCACCCCGACUCGCCAGCUUCCGGGGAGUCCUGGAUGAAACAGAUCGUCAGUUUCGAUCGGGUGAAACUUACUAACAAUGACAUGGACGAGAAGGGGCAU